GGUGUCACAAUUCCAGGGCUGCUUCAUCUUCCAGCUGCUGAUUUCUCACUAAACAGUAAAAUAAAACCCAGCAGAUCCCUGGGACGGGCGAGCCUGGCCGUGCAGGGGGGUGAGAGAUUCUGCCAGGGUGGUACUCGAAGCGUUAUUGCUGCAGAAUGCCUUAAAUACAGUUAUUUACAGGUGUUUUGGCAGGUUUUGCAGCUGAACCGUGACUGUUCCUUUUUGCCUGUGGUGGUGCCUGAUUUUUGUGUGUUUGUAUGAUGAAGUCAGGAACUGAAUGCAAACACAAAAUCGGAAUACAUUCUUUUAGCUGCUGGAUUUUUUUUUUAUUAUUUUAACUUAAUUCUCCCUUGUGUAAUUUGUGCUGCAAAAUUGUGAUAGGGAAAACAUUGUUAUAUAUGAUCUUGCCUUCUGCAGAUGCACUUCAAUUAGUUUCUUUCAGUUAAUUUUUCCAGUACAGAGUGAUAAUAGUUGAGCUUAUUUAUCUCUUUGUGGGUAAGAGGUUUUUCAGCCCCUUCCCUGUCACUGCUAUUGUAUUCUGUAUUUAAACUCUGGCAACCCGUGUGAUUAUUUCCAAUUAAGCACUUUUAAGUGGGCUCCCCUGCAAGUGAGGUGUCAUUUAAGGAGCUGUGCAAACCAUGAACUUAUUAUUAAGAUAAAAGAAGCGAGAUCUUGCAGAUCAUUUUAGCAAGUGAGGAGCUGCUGGGCUGGGGAGUGGGGUGCCUGCAGUGUUCCCUGUGGAACAAUGGGAUUCUUUCCUGUGCCCAGGAUCCUGACACGUUCCUGCCCUCCACCCCUCAGCCGUGCAGCGCUGGGGGCUGAGCAAAGAGCUGCUGCACCCUGGCAGCGUUCCUGGAGCUGAAAUGAGAGCAGGAACCCGAGGGCUCCGGUGUCACGAUGCACGCGGGCACGCGGGGGAAGAGGAGUUUGUGGAGCUGUGGGGGAGUGAGGAUCCUCCCCUCUGCGCUCCUGGGGAGCGUGGGCAGCUGCCAGUGCCAGGGAAGAGAAUUCCAGAGAGCUCAGCCUGUCCCCCUGCUCACCUGGGGAGCUCUGCAGGGGCUGAGACCGGCCCAGCAGGGAUUUCCUGGUGUGGUGGGAGCCGCAGGGUGAGGUGAGCUGAGGAUCUCCCAUUUCUCCUGUGUGCAUCCACAGCACAGGAACCUGCUCCAGCCCCACUGGCUCUCUGGGGGUGCUUGGCAGAGGGAAUGGGAAUGGGAAGCUGCUCCCUGCCAGAGAAAGGCACAGCAGGACUGGGCUGCUCCCCAGGAGCACGAAGCAGGCAGCAAUUGAACUGCACAAAAGGAGUUUGAGAACUUUGAAAACUUUGUCUCCAAUUAGCCAGUUGUAUUCUUUAGUUAUCUGUGUUUGUUUCUAUUUCAGCCACUGGUCAGUUCUCUCAAACCCUUGAUGUAGAAUGACAGAAUGUCCUGAGUGGGAAGGGAUCCACAGGAACCACCAGCCCAGCUCCUGGCCCUGCACAGACACCCCAACAAUCAGAUCAUAGAUAUUUGAUUCCAGAACAAAAACAAAGCGAUGGUUGUGGGGUUUUUAAAUUCAGAGCUGAAUGUAGCAUAAGAGUGCCAAUGAACAUUUGAAGGUCCUGGGUUUCACUUGCAUGAAAAAGGUGUAGCAGGUAAGGCUUGAAAAGGGAGCUGGGAAGUAACAAACCGUACGAUUUAAAAGCCAAAACGUAAAAACGCCUUUUCACCGUUCCGUGUGGCGCGUCCCAGUUACAAAACACCGAGUGACACCUCCCAAACUGUGUUUGUCCCAGAUGGACCCGUCGUCCCCGCCGUUCCUGCUGGCCAAGCUGACCCCCCUGCACUCGGAGCAGCUCCUGCAGGGCCUCAACCUGCUGCGGCAGCACCAGGAGCUCUGCGACGUCGUGCUGCGCGUGGGCGAGGCCAAGAUCCACGCGCACAAGGUGGUGCUGGCCAGCAUCAGCCCCUACUUCAAGGCCAUGUUCACCGGGAACCUGUCGGAGAAGGAGAACGCCGAGGUGGAGUUCCAGUGCGUGGACGAGGCGGCGCUGCAGGCCAUCGUGGAGUACGCCUACACCGGCACCGUCUUCAUCUCGCAGGACACCGUGGAGUCGCUGCUGCCCGCAGCCAACCUGCUGCAGGUCAAGCUGGUGGUCAAGGAGUGCUGCGCCUUCCUGGAGAGCCAGCUGGACCCCGGCAACUGCAUCGGCAUCUCGCGCUUCGCCGAGACCUACGGCUGCCACGAGCUGUACCUGGCGGCCAACAAGUUCAUCUGCCAGAACUUCGAGGACGUGUGCCAGACCGAGGAGUUCUUGGAGCUGACGCACUCGGAGCUGGACGAGAUCGUGUCCAACGACUGCCUGAACGUGGUGACGGAGGAGACGGUGUUCUACGCCCUGGAGUCCUGGAUCAAGUACGACGUGCAGGAGCGCCAGAAGUACCUGGCGCAGCUGCUGCACUGCGUGCGCCUGCCCCUGCUCAGCGUCAAGUUCCUCACGCGGCUCUACGAGGCCAACCACCUGAUCAGGGACGACCACACCUGCAAGCACCUGCUGAACGAGGCCCUCAAGUACCACUUCAUGCCCGAGCACAGACUGUCCCACCAGAGCGUGCUGCUGACGCGGCCCCGCUGCGCGCCCAAGGUGCUCUGUGCCGUGGGGGGCAAGGCCGGGCUCUUCGCCUGCCUGGAGAGCAUGGAGAUGUAUUUCCCCCAGAACGACUCGUGGAUCGGGCUGGCCCCUCUGAGCAUCCCCCGCUACGAGUUUGGGAUCUGCGUGCUGGAGCAGAAGAUCUACGUGGUGGGAGGCAUCGCCACCCACGUGUGCCAGGGCAUCAGCUACAGGAAACACGAGAGCUCAGUGGAGUGCUGGGACCCCGACACCAACACGUGGAGCUCCCUGGAGAGGAUGUUUGAGAGCCGCAGCACGCUGGGCGUGGCGGUGCUGGCCGGAGAGCUGUACGCGCUGGGCGGCUACGACGGCCAGUCCUACCUGAGGAGCGUGGAGAAGUACAUCCCCAAGGUCAAGGAGUGGCAGCUGGUGGCCCCCAUGAGCAGGACACGGAGCUGCUUCGCUGCUGCUGUGCUGGAUGGGAUGAUCUACGCCAUCGGGGGCUACGGGCCUGCUCACAUGAACAGCAUGGAGCGCUACGAUCCGAGCAAGAACUCCUGGGAGACCGUGGCCUCCAUGGCUGACAAACGGAUAAACUUUGGGGUGGGGGUGAUGCUGGGCUUCAUCUUCGUGGUGGGGGGACACAACGGGGUGUCCCACCUGUCCAGCAUCGAGAGGUACGACCCCCACCAGAACCAGUGGACGGUGUGCCGGCCCAUGAAGGAGCCCAGGACAGGAAGAAGGAAUUCUACUCUAGCUCCUGUUUUUUCAGUGAUUUCAGCAGUGGUGAGUUCCAGAGUUCUGUGCUCACUGUUCUGCUGCAUUUUGUUGGGUUGGACACUCAGGGGUGCAGGAUUGAGGUGCAGCUCCUCCAGGUACGAGCCCAUCUCGGACUCGUGGCUGGACUCUGCGGGGAUGAUGUACUGCCGCUGCAACUUCGGCCUGACGGCGCUCUGAGCCCGGCCCGGGCUGAGCCAGCACCUCCCCGGCCCUGGGAGCCACCGGGGCCCCCUCGGCCCCUCCGGAGCGCGGCCAGGGAGCCGAGCUGCCCUGGGCACCCCGCUGGCUGCGGGAGAGAGCCGCCAUCCGCUUGGGAAUCUGUCCGUCCCUCCCUUCCCAGAGCUUCUGUCUCUUCCCCCUGCGGAAUGUGGGGUUCCUGCGCUGGGGGAGCUCGGGGUGCCGAGCCCUGCCCGUGUCUGCGCGCCGGGAAAGCGCCAGCGCUUCACGGGGUUUUUUAUGACCAAGGGCUGCCUUGUUUCUGUAUCUCAAGGUUUGUACAUAAUAAAUGCCAUAGGAUGUUGCCUGUA